CCCGGGUAUGUCCUUAAACUACGUCCAUAAGAGAGGUAUGGGCAUUGUGAAUGUCAUCUCGCUUUGUGUGGUAGGGCACAGCCAGCAGAUUCCAGAUCUAGAACAGAGCCCAACUGAGGAUGUACCUCCACCUUACAGAAAACCGCAGCCAAAUAACACUAGACCCUGCUCAUAGUGUUGUGUUCCUGCCGGUGAGUAAGGUUGCCAGAGCUCAACGAGGGGGGAGGGGGGAAUGCCAGGGUCGGCAACGCGCAUUUAACUCCUCUGGAGUUGCAGGCGUACAUAGGCUACGGAGACUGCUUACCAUCAAGCGGGCCGUAUGCUUGUUUGCCACCGACGUAGUAUUAAAAAAAAUUCAAGUCUUGGAGACCCUCUGCAUCUCUAAGGAUGAUUUAAUUUUUUUUUUUAUAUUUUAUCUCUGACACUUAGAGACUUAAUACAUCUCUAAAGAAUUUUAGUAUUUGUUGUUUUUAUUUGAUUUUCCUUUUUUUUUGUGCAAUUCGACAUUUAGACACAGUAUACAUCUCUAAUAAGGUACAUAUUAUUUCAUCAAUUCCAUAUUUGUAAAUGUAUUUAGUAAUUUUUAUUGUUUGUAAAAAUUUACAUGUAAAAGUGCCCCUGUGGCCUAUUUGCUGAAUAAAUGUUUGAUAUUUGAUAUUUGAAAAACAGCUAAAAUAUUUCAUAUAUUUUAUCCAUUAAUAAACAAUAAUUCGAUUUGUCUUAACUUUGUAAUUUCGGAAAUUGUUGUCCUGUCUCACUUAUCGAAAAGCUGUUGUGUGAAGUGCGAUGAAAUUCUGCCCUCCGCCAUUGAAGUACCACUCCCAGGCUUAAAACUCCUAGCAAUCAAGGACAAGUUCACGUGACCUACGGCAUAUCACUAUCAAUGUUUCAAUUAUUCACACAUUUAAAAUUGCCCCCAUAGUUUUAUUACGUACAGGUGUCUGUAAUUUACCGCCCUACUUAGAGUUGAGGGGGUGGCUCCGUGCUUAUAGAUCGCGCGGCGACCAGUGAGUCUCGAAGUGCCGGUUCGCGCGGACGCCUGCACGACGCCGCGAGAGAGAGACGCGUAUACACGCUUACCCGCACUCUGGCACGCUAGAGCGAGACGCAGCACAUCGACGUUUCAACAGAUACGGCGAAGGUCCAACAUGUGCUACUUCAGCAUAAUAGUGAUCAUAUUCGAUGUUGUGCGUGUGUGAAGUGAGUGUGUGUAAGUGAACGAGUGUGUCUGAUGAUCCCGCGUCUGAAUAGUGGUCGUCAAAAUGAAGACGCAUCGGUUUUGGAAGAUACCCCUGUUUCUGCACAUGAUGGUGGUGUUAGUUGCCGGUAUGUCAGACGUGUGGGUGGACCUGCGGAUGCCCCGGUUCGUCGUGCACCAGCACAACGCCACACUCCACUGCGAUCACAACGUCGACGCAGACUCUAUUUAUAAGGUUGUGUUCUACAAAGAUGCGAAGCACUUCAUGAGGUACAUCAGAAAUCGAGACCCCCCGUAUGAAAUCGUUCCUCUUACUGGAGCUGUUAUAGAUAUAGCAACCGUAUCCUCCACCACUGUGACGUUAGAAAAAUUAGAUUUCCCAGCCUCAGGAUCAUACGCUUGUGAGAUUGCCUUAGAUUCGCCUUUAUACUCAAAAGUCUCUAGAGUAUAUGAACUCAAUAUUAUUGUGCGCCAGAGGUAUCGGCCGAAAAUAAAGAUUAAAAACAAACGGUUUUCACCUAAUGACUUUCUGGAUGCAACCUGCCACAGCGCCCCCGCACACCCCGCUCCGCACCUCACCUGGUUUAUAAAUAAUGUCAAGGUAGACGAGAAGUUGACGAUCCCCCACGGUACGACGCCAGUGCACCGGCGGCAUCACGGCAUGCAGCUGAGCCUCACGUCGUCUUCGCUGCAUUUCCCGUUGUCUGAGCUCGAACGGACGCCCAAUCAGACAGUAGACAUCACCUGCCUGAGUACCAUCCCUAGCUAUGCGAGCGUGGUCGACGGAUUCGCUGAUAUUCAAAAUCACACAAUUUCUAUGAACGUGUUUCGCAUCGAGCCCGCGCCCACGCAGCUGCCAGUGAUGAUCGUGAGCCCCGAGAACUCCUCGUCUCGAACCCACGCCGCCCGUAUACUAAUCGUCUUUAUGUUAUUGGUGUAUCUUAUAUAACUUAUAACACUUCAUCGCUGUAGCGUAAUACAUAGAAAUAUCUGUGGUAGGAAUUGAAUGUAUUGUCGGAAGCAAUGUGAUUUCUUUGGUAUAUUAAUUUAUUUUUUAUUGUGGAUAUUUAUAUUUUACUCUAUUCUAUCUAAAAUUAAGAGGCAACUACUUUGAGAUACUAUUUAAUAUUAUGGACAAUUACUCUAAAAUGCAAUUAAAUUUGUGUUGAAAAACAGUGUUGUGAAAUGACUACGUACCUAAUGUAUUUCUAUUUGAAAUGAGCUUAAUAAUAGCAACAUUUAAAGCUAUCAAGCACGAAGAAAUGGUAUAACUGUUUGGGUUACUCUAUCUUUCUGUUUGCUCAUCACUUUAAAUGGGGAGCUUCAAGAUACCUUUUGUAAAUUUAAACUUUUCAAUUUCUUACGCAAUUAUGAGACUGAAUUAGGAAGUUAGCGAUUUUAAAAUGACCUAACCAGCCCUAUCCCCAAAGCUAGAAGUCCCUAAAUAUGUCCUUACUUACCUUAUAGAAUAGUAUUUGGCAAAAGCUAUGUUAUAGUGAACACAAAUAUAUACAAAAAAAUCUUUUUAUUUUUAAGAAAUCAAGCUAUCAUCUCAAAUCAUAUUUUUAAUUUAAAAAUUAAAUGCAAUAUAAAUUAUAUAAAUCAGGUAUAAAAUGUUGGCAAUGCAAAACCACUCGCUCCUUUAUUACUGAGUCUCUUAGUUUUUUUGUCGUAAUAUUAUUCAUAUUAUUUUUGUCUGUAUAUCAUAAUAUGAGUGUUUGCUGUUAUUCAUAAUAAACCA